AUGCUCCAGUACAAAUCACAGAAGAAGACGAAAAAGACCAAGGCGCCGGCGAAGGGCGCGGAGAAAGCGGCCAAGGCUCUGCUUUCGCAGAAGGAGGUUGCGGCGCGGUGGGCCGAAGAGGUCAAACGCACGAAGUGGGUGUACGACGAGUGGUUCAAGCAUCCUCCCCACACCGAAACCAUCGCCCGGGGCGCCGCGAAAGAUCUCGCGACGCCCAAGCUGAAGCCGAGCGAGCUGGACACGCUCCCGUACGAGGAGAAGUUCGCGAAUAACGGCGCACUCAUGAAGCUCCACGAUCUCGAGCACGUGGACAACUUCAUAGAGAAGCGCAAGAGAUGGCUGGAUAGGACCGUCCACACCUCGCGUCUGCGCCCACAGUCCGCAGCUACGGACGGCGCGCAGGCGCAGGCAGGCCCUUCCUCCAGUGCUACCCAGGAGUCGACGUCGAGUGCGCCGCAGGACGAUGGCCAGCCUCCCAACUGA